GCGCACGGGUCGCCCGCCUCCUGUCUGCCAGUGUGUAGAAUCGGUUUUCCCAAAGGCGUCUUGGCGCUGGCUGGCGCUGGAGGUUGUGUGCGCGAUCGUGCGCGUGUCCGAGUUGGGUCGGGUCUGUGUGCUGGUGGGCGGGGAGAAAGUGAAGUGACGCUACUGAGAGUAAGAGCGCCAUGUUUGGAAGCGGGGCCGGUUCUCGUCGACCCUCCUCUUCGUCUUCCUCCUUUUUGGGAGGAGGACGAGCUGGAGCGGCGCCUGUAGAUUUAAACGCAGCGGCUGCGGCAGCAGGAAGGAGACUGGGCGGUGCUUCUCCGAGCGAUUCAACGAUGGCGUCGCCGUUGCGGCAGCCGCAAGCGCCGAUGCCCGCUGCGCCGGCGGGUCCUGGAGGUGCGCGCGAACUGAUCGUGAAGAACUGCCCCAGCCACGAGUGCGCGCUCACCAACAAGGCGUACGUCCACGACGUUGACUUUGACCUUUUCCGUUACCUAACUGGGGGUUCCCAUGGGUACGUGGAGGCGGCGGUGGGAACGCCGGAAGAGAACGUGUUGAUGGUGGAAGUCCACCCUAAUGUGGAGAGAGGGGGAUUGGGGUUGAAUGUGCAGCAAAGGAAGAACCUGAGGGUGUCGGUGGGCGACACGAUCAGAGUCAGGAGGUUUCCCCAACCGCCAGCGAAGCCAAUGCCUGCGCCCAUUGCGCUGAUGACAAUCGAGGUGAGUCUAACGAAGAUCAAAGGGCAAGGGGAGGAAGUAAACGCGGAGUCUCUUGCGAAGGCGCUGACUACGAAACUGGAAGGGCAAAUCUUUGACAAGGGCCAGAAGUUCCCGUUCGAGUUGAAUGGGCCGACGCUGUUGUUGGAGGUGAUGUCGAUGGUGCUGGAGAAGGAAUCGCCGGGCAAAGCCGCAGCAGCAGCGGGAGCAGCAGCGGGAGCAGCAGCGAGGUCGUCGUCUACGGUUAUGGAGGAAGCGACCCGUGGCCUGCUGACAAGCAAGCCGCCGAGCAAACCAUCUUUCGUAUUUGAAACGGGGAGCCAAUCAAACGUCAAGAUCGUCGGGCAACGAGGCGGAAUGCACACGAGUCUCUUCAGACAGAAAGAGUUCAACUUCCAGAAACUGGGGAUCGGCGGUCUGGACGCGGAGUUUCACGACAUUUUUCGGCGCGCUUUCGCUUCCCGCGUUUUUCCUUCGCACAUCAUCAGCAGGCUGGGCAUUCAGCACGUCAAAGGAAUGCUUCUGUACGGUCCUCCGGGAACGGGGAAGACUCUGAUUGCGCGCCAAAUCGGUAAGAUGCUGAACGGUAAGGAGCCGAAGGUAGUAAAUGGUCCAGAGAUUCUAAACAAGUACGUGGGCGCGUCGGAGGAGAACAUCCGGAAGCUGUUCGAGGAUGCGGAGGCGGAGCAGAAAUCCAAAGGCGAUGCCAGCGACCUGCAUAUCAUCAUCUUCGACGAAAUCGACGCAAUCUGCAAGUCCAGGGGUUCAACGAGGGACGGCACGGGCGUGCACGACACGAUCGUCAAUCAGUUGCUGACGAAGAUCGACGGCGUCGAUGCACUCAACAACAUCUUGCUCAUCGGAAUGACCAAUAGGAAGGAUUUGCUAGACGAAGCGCUGUUGCGGCCGGGAAGAUUGGAGGUGCAAGUGGAGAUAGGGUUGCCAGACGAGAAAGGGAGGCUGCAAAUCCUCCAUAUCCAUUCUGGCAAGAUGAGAGAGAAUCAGUAUCUGGAUCGGAGCGUGGAUUUGGCGCAGCUAGCGGAGAUGACGAAGAACUUCAGCGGUGCGGAGUUGGAGGGAUUGGUGAAGAGCGCGGCCUCCUUCGCGCUGAAUCGUCAGAUCAAUCCGGACGAUUUAUCUCAACCGUUGGAUGAGGAGAACAUCUCGGUCAACAUGGACGAUUUCCGCCGCGCUCUGGAUGAGGUUAAGCCGGCAUUCGGGGCGGCGGUCAACACGCUGGAAACAUAUCGACUUCACGGUAUGCUAAAUUACGGGGGUCGGCAUGAGCACCUGAAGAAGACGUGCAUGACGUUGGUAGAGCAAGUGCGCAGCAGUUCCAGAACGCCUCUGCUCACUUGCUUACUCGAGGGACCGUCAGGGACAGGGAAAACGGCGCUCGCCGCCACCAUAGCCAUAGAAAGCGGCUUCCCGUUCGUCAAAAUAGUGUCAGCCGAGAACAUGGUGGGCUACUCGGAGAACUCCAAGUGUCAGACGAUUGCCAAGGUGUUCGAUGAUGCAUACAAGUCGCCUCUUAGCAUCAUCGUGCUAGACGAUAUCGAGAGAUUGCUGGAAUACGUAAAGGAGGGGCCAAGGUUUUCGAACGUGAUCUUGCAGACUCUUCUCGUGCUAGUGAAGAAGCUUCCCCCUCAAGGCAGGAAGCUGCUCAUCCUAGGGACCACCAGCUUGAUGACGACCAUGGAGUCGCUGGGAGUGUCAGAGGCUUUCAAUGUCAACGUGCACGUUCCGCCUCUCGACACGGACGAAAUCCGCAAAGUACUGGAGGAACUCGAUGUUUUCGAGAAUUUUGCUGACAUUAACGCGGCCGUGGCCAGCAUGAUGAAGUCCGAGAUACCAAUCAAGAAGCUGCUGAUGAUCGUGGAAAUGGCCGCGCAGGCGCACGCAAGUAGCAGUGGCACAUCGAUGCAGCAGCUGUCGCCAAACGGCGGUGCAGCGAAGGAGCAACGGCGAAGAAUAGACAUCAACCAAUUUAUUGAUUAUGCUCAAGAUUUGGGGACAAGCUUGUGAUGGACUCGUGAAUUCAUUCAUUCACUCGUCGACCGACUCAUCGUCAUUCCAGAUCGGUGCAGAGGCUGCCUCGUCGAUGACAGGAUGACGCGUGCUUUUCUGCUAAGCACAGGGUGAAGGUUGUGGUCCUUUUCCAAGGUGCACAAUGUCGCUGUUGGUGACAGGGGGUCACAGCUGUCGACCCUUGUGGUGCUUUGUGAGGAUCAGUGCGUAUGUAUGUGCUUGUGGGUGUGUAUCUGUGUGGUGCAUUUUGGCAUCUUCCUCUUUUCUCUCCUCCCCCACAUCGUGCUCCCACCUCUUGCCUCCCCCCCCGUGCACGGCCCCAAAUAUGCGACACACCUACGAUUUGUCAAACGACAGUGGCGCCAGAGAAAAAAAUGUGAUGGACGCAAUGAUCUCUUUAGACACACCAGUGUCUUGCGAUGUUUGCUUUCCCGUUUUUUGCUUUUUCCGCUCGUCUCGCCUGUUAUCUGUAAUUGCAUGUUCUGUUGGAUUGCAUAUCUAUCAGAGGUAAGUCCGGAGUUCGAUAAGUCUUUGCGAUAAGGCUGAUUCCCAAUAUCUCAUUUCAUCUCUUUUUGCGAGGAGCAGAAGUCUGAGGAGCAAAUGCAUCCCUCCGCUAUGGAAGUGGCUUCAGCGCGGUUUGCAGCAGUGUCGAAGAGGUUGUGUGUGUCUUUGUGACGUGUACCCUGCAGUUGGUGCCGAUGUUGCGAGUCCUCGAUUAUCGUGUCAUUGCUUUGUUGAUGCCAUGGCUUGUAAUCCCUGUGUAUUAGGGGAUAACCUCUCCAGACUGAACUGUACACACAAUGCUUUCGGUGGAAUUUAACCGCGACCAACACCAGUUUUACUCAGCAACGUGCCUUCCAGUGUGAGUGGAGGGGGGGGAGGAGGUGAGGAAGGAGGAGACGUAUAGCGUCAGCAGAAAUGAUGAAUAGCAGUGGUGAGUGAGGAGGGAGGAGGAGGGAGGAGGAGGAGAUGGAGCAGGUGAAUGCUCGUGUCAACAACCAAACAAAUGGCAAGAUGGAAA